GCUACUGCUUCCCCAUUGUAGUAUUUGCACCCAUACCAAAGCCAUAAUUCAUUGAAUUGUCCAACCACGUACAACAUAUUUUUUGAUAUAAGGUGUCUUCCAAUUUCUCUUGCUUGCUAAAUGCUGUGUUCUCCCAAAAACUCUUCCAUCAUCCACCUUUCAAAGCCACUAGCCGAAUUGAAGACCUGAACUUACUCGGCUCACGGGAUGGUGCAGUUGGAUGAUGAGAUAUCCUGCAGAAAGUAUGUGAGAGACUCCAAGAGGAGUGGCACUAGUCUACAUCCCGCGAAUUGCCACCAUGCGAGUGAAAAAACUCCUCGCAUGAGCGAUAAGGUUUUCAACCUCCUGAAACAAACAUUAUGGCAGGACUACCCGGAAAAUAUAUAUCACAAUGGAUUUUUGUGAAUCAUUUCCACGUAUACUUACUAAUGUUUCUUUCCUCUUGAUCAUAUCAUUGAAUUUCAAGGGUACUUUCCCUCCCUCCAUUGGCAGAGACAGCCUGCUAGAAACCAUACUUUCUAAUUAUGUUCGACGUUUCGUGGACUGAUCCCACACGGGAGACCGUUGGGCAGAGGAAACAUCGCAAAGAUCAAAGGUCCACCAGGGGAUCAUCGCCGUCAAUAAGAAGCUCGAAGUCCAGUGAUUCUUCCAAGUCAAUCAAGCACUCUAUCUUUGGUUUCUUUGGAAGCGGCAACAAAAAGAUAUCAGCUCCAGUAGCUGUGACAUCUCCAAAGCCACCAGCAAUCAGAACCGAACAGUCUUCAAAAGUUUCUCGUCGAAUGUCAAGCUAUACUAGCACUUCAGAGACAUCAACAUCAACACAAGAGGUACGUGAAACGACUACGACAACUAUUACACGUAUUCCAGUAAAUGGAUUCUUUCCAACAGUUCCAUCUUACCAAGAAUCCGAGAGAAGUCCUUCAGACGAGUCCAUUUUCUCUGGUUAUACCGGAAGAUCCGCGGGAACCAAGUCAUCAUGGGGCUCUAUAACAGAUGGCCAAAGCAAGAAUCGUUUCAUACAGCCUCUGAGCCCAAAUUCUUUUGUCACUCAAAGUACUGAGAUCACUGUCGCCCCAAGUGAGGAUUUCAGUGCAUCAGAACAACUAGCUACUGUCGUUCAUAUCACUUCCGGAACAGUUCCUAUCCAAAUUCAAGACACCACAAUGAGAGAAUCCGCUUUAUCAUCAAUUUCCUCAACAUAUGACUUUCCACUUCCACCUACACACAGUCCCGAGUCCCCAAAGAUGCCAAGCUCUCCUAGAAUACUAAAAUCUAGAAAUGAUACCAGUGCUAGAACUACCGAGUGGUCAAUUACAGCAAGGAACAGGCGUUCAGAUUCAUGGAGACCCCCUGAGACAUGGGCUUGUCCAGCGGAAGAAACCGCAUCAUCAGUAGCCUCAUUGAAGUCUUCAGGGUCUCGUCGAAGGAGAAAACCUCGUGGUCGUAAUCGCUCACCUUCUAACUCGGAGCAGACACAUUUGCAAAUGAAUAUUCGUAAAAUGGAGGCAGCAAGCAAUAAAAUUAUUCUCGAAAGAUUGAAUGAGGAAUGGAUGGAAGUGGCUGACGCAUCGGUAUAUCGAGAGCUCGAGCUGGAGAAACAACUUUGGAUGCUCACUGCUUUGCGAGCUAUCAAUCGCGUCGACAGGACUCGUGAUACUUCUAGAACGCUCAAUGGAGCACCACAAUUCGGGAAAAUGCUCUCAUUGUAUGAAAAUCACGCUUCUGCAUCAUUCCACUCAGCUUUGAACCCGGAAAAACAAAUACAUCAUGUCUCCACAAGCCCUUUGUCGCCAAAAUUAUAUCCAAAUGUCCAUCCUCUCGCUGUUCCGGGACCUACUUCACAAUUAUCUUACGCCUCAAAUAUCUUCAGUGCGGUUCAUUCUAUAGGUCUGCCAUCUCUACUCGCUUCGUCUUCUAUCCCUAGUAUACUAAAAGAGUGCCAUCGUACACUCACAUCUUCCCGUACUUCGACGUCAGAAAUCCCAGCAUCGCCCACUGCGACCAGUGGACUUGGAACCACUCAACCAGGUAUUCUUUAUUUAACCAUCCUUGAUCCUUGCCCAGUUCCCUCGUCACUUGGUCCGCGACUGAGAUCUUGGCUUGAUACUCAUCUAACAGUAAACUUGGAGAAGCAAUUCCGAUGUUUGAACCCCACUCGUUUAUUUCCUUUAUGGUUGGCAGAUGCAGGACUUUGGGCCGAGGGGAGCUGCACAUCAUCUUUGAAAUUUCUAGCAUGUGUUGGAAUUGUAAAUGGGGAGGAACAAGUAGAAUGGCAGUUGAAAAGUGCGGUGGGAAGAAUGCUGUGGAAAAAUAUGUGGGGAACCUAUGUCGAGGGUGGGAAAUGGUGGUGGGAUGAUGCUGCAAUUGUAGAAGAAUGUGAGAGAAUGGGAACCUGCUGGGCUGGAAGUAUCAUUGAAGCUGUAAAGGAAGGAUAGACCGGAGGAACUGCUCAUGCCUUGGGUCUUUGGCUAGGACUCUUUGGUUGUGGUCCUCUAUUCCUCCAUAUUUAGGGACAAAGGCGUUUGGUUGCGAUGCAUAUACCUUCUUCGCUUCUUGCACAGUUUCCAGCCAAUGUCCUUUGCUUCUGGAGAUUGAAUUUAUUUCAUGUAACGAUCGAUAUUAACGGUUGAUAUUCAAAUUUCCAAGAUGUAUAUUAAUUUGUACACCAUGAGAUGCAAACCCAAACACACAAGAUUAUGCUCCCAAACCGUUACACCUACCUGUAUGCUCCCGUGGAUGCCGCUGCAUGUCUGCAGCCAUUCCGCAAUCCCAGCCCCCACCUUCCCAUCCCAUCUCUUCACAGCUCAUUAUUUCCAUUACGGUUCCAUUACAUAUUCAGCUCAGUUCCCCUGUCCUGCUUGCUGGCUUUGCUUGCUUGGCUAUCAAUCAUACGACGCAAACUCCUUCCUAAAUAGUUCCCAAAAUCCACUUAUCACUGACUUUCAUGGGGUCAACAAAUUCUUUGUUGCAUGUCGUAAAUCCUCGGUCGAGUCAGUUAUUUUGAAGAAAUGGGAUGUGAGGUCCGGUUUUUCCAUUUGGGGUGGGUCUGUAGUGACUGCUUUGAUUGGAGACUGGUGAUUCGAGUAAGGAUUAUGGGGCCCUGGAUGUAGUCUUGAGUCAGGAGCGUGGAGAUCUCAGAUUUGAGUUUUGAAAAGUUCGGGCGACGAUAGCCCAUUGGGUAUGCGGUACGAAGCACAACGAUGAGCGAUGGAGUUUUGGCUGGGUUGGCGAUUGGGAAUGUUAAUAGAUUAGUGAAUUAUGGAAGAUCAAUUGACA